AUGAAACAUAUAAGAGACAACACAGUUGUCGAGUUUCCAUAUGAAGAGAUCUUUACAAGGUAUGGAGUUUGUAGAGAACUUGUUACAAAUCGGGGUGCUCAGCUCACAUCUAACUCGAUUGCUGCUAUGAGAGAAGAAUAUAACAUCAGGCAUAAAAAGUCUACUAUAGGGUUUAGACCCUUUGAACUGGUGUAUGGAAAAAAUGCAGUAAUGCAAAUAGAGUUUGAGCACAAAACUCUACGUAUUGCAAUAGAGCUGGGUAUGGACCUCUCAGAAGUACAAAAGGAAAGAAUAGUAGAACUCAAUCAAUUGGAUGGAUUGAGGAAAUCUUCCCUGCAAAAUACAAUUCUAAUUCAACAUCACUGUGUGAAAUGGCAUGAUAAAUAUAUUAUAACCAAAGCAUUUCAUGUCAGUGACUGGACUUUGUUAUAUGAUUCUAGAUAUAAAGACAACCUUGGUAAAUUACAAACAUGGUGGCUUGAACGAGUGUUUGCUAAUGGAGCGGUCAAACUGGCAACUACUGAUAUUGCAAGAUUCAAACUACUACUCAAUGGCCACCAUCUUCAUCUUUAUUAUAAGCCUAGUACUAAGGAGGAGUUUAUGCUUCAAUUUGAAGGACUUUGCAAUCCUCCUGCAGCCACUGACAGUGACCCUCUGGGUUCACCAUCUAUUUGA